UGUAUUGUUCGGAAGGAAAUUGUUUGUCUCGACAAUAGAGAGGAAUUCGAUAGUGUUUCGUCACGAUACACUCUAUUUCCACCCCUCAGUUUACGAACGAGGGUCGCGUGUAUAUUUCCUUAACAACGAAACAGCGACGCGUCAACAACGCUUUGCUCCUGAACGUCGAAGUAUCAUUGGGACUCAUUAAAACCCAAUCCAUCAUGGUACACGUUGAUGAGGUGACCAAUUUGAUGGACCAAAUGAUGGAGGUAGAUAUCUUUCGUCCGUCGGAGAAACUUCGCAUGUUAAAGGAUGAAGAAAAAACGUUUCUCGAUCCGAAUUUAAUAAUGGAUGCGAGGCAUCGGGUACUGCGAGAGAAUUUGCCCGCUUCGCCCUCGAGGAGCUCCGUUUUGGCUGAAGCUAAAAAAUUAAUGACGCAGGAAGAGACGAGGCAAAUGUACAUGAAGAAGCAGCAACGGUUUCUCGAGAGGGAAUUAAAAAGAUUUGAGUUGGAGCUAACGAAAUCGCGACCGAAGUUCUCGGAGUCGUACGCGUGUAAGAAGAGAAACUUUGCACCGUCGGACGACGAAGAUUUUUGGGGGACGACUAGAAAGCUGAGGAGCAAGACGAGUGAGCAGAUCAGCGCUCGUCGUGAAAGGAUCGUUGAUUGCAUCCGGGAAAAAUUGUCAGAGACGGAUGUCAGUUCGUUGAAAGGGGAGGACAAGAACAUUCUGAAGGAAGCUAAAUGCGAGGCUCCGUGUAUAGGAAGCAUAAAAAUAACUAUUAAGGAUAAGCCUAACUUUGAGACGGAAGCACAACGUUUAUGUAUUUUAAGGAAAUUCUUUGAUGCUCUCAAGCAAAAUGCCGUUGAGGAGCAACGUCUUCGCGAUAUAAAGAUAAAGAUACAGCAGAGGACGGUGUCGCAGUUAACGAGGAAGUAUUUCGAUAUUUGGAGAACUCGUACGAGAGAGGCAAAAAGUGCUGAACAGAAAAGGAAAGAGAAACAAGAAGUCUCCGAAGAGAGGAGGAUCGAAAUGUUUAUAAAUGCGAUCACAGAACAUCAGAGAGAACUGAUGAAAAAUCAGAAACCAAAAAUCAAGGAUGUUAAAGCGGUAAAGGAGAGCAGCAAGGAGAGUGAAAAGAGGAAAGUCAGUCGUGUUAAGCAUGUUAUUGUCGAGUCGCCGGCGCAGAGCCGAUUAAACGCUCAGAAACAGAUAAUAGAAAAACAGAAGGCUAAACUGGCCGAGCAAAACAGGAUAAUCGAGGAAUUAAGAUUGAGACAAAUGCAGAGCGAAAUAUCACAAGCGAACAGGGACACGGUGGACAUAGCUAAAGAGACUCUCACUCAUUGUGGACAGAAAACGAGGAGGACUUUGGUUCAAUUGAUGCAACAGAACGGUUACAGAGACGCGUGUUUAACCGUACCGCGGAGACCGCCGGACCCACCGAAAUUUCUGUUGAGGAUGGAAGCUCGGGCAGAAGCCAGGCGUAAAAGAAUAAAAUUAGCCGAGGAAUCGCGGAGACAGAAACUCGAGGAGCAGAGGAGAAAAGAAGAAGCUGUUAGAAUAGAGGAGGAACAGAAAAAGAGAAGAUUACAACAAGAGGCUAUAGCUGAAGCGAGAAGAUUACGAAAGGAACAAGAAGAAAACAGGCAGCGUGAAAUAGAAAAGUAUCAACGAUUAAAUAACAUGGCUGAUGAGUUUUAUAGGAAGUAUCUUUUAAAACGCCACGUAUUAAAACCUCUCAUAACGCUCGUCGAAGAGAAACGAAAUAAUAUGAAAAAAGCUGAUGAUCAUUACAGAGAAAAUUUGCUAAGGACAGCAUUCACAGCGUGGCGAAGCGAAGCUGAAAGACAGUAUAAAAUGAAAAUUGAAAUCACCGAGUUGAUAUACUCGAAAAACGUGAUGGCAAGCGUUUUUGAGAAGUGGAAGCAGUUCGCGAAGGAAAUUAACGCGAAAUAUCAAGUUGCAACAGAUUUUCACGAUAUGAAACUCCUAGACAAGUAUUUUAAGUCGUGGCACGUGCGAACGAUAGAACUCGAAGCAGAGUAUGGAAAGAAAGUAGAGUUGGCGAACAACUUUCAUGAGAACAAAUUAAAGUCAAAGUAUUUCGGUACGUGGAAGAGGUAUCUACUGAUCACUGAGGAGAUUAAAGAAACCGAGAAAAGAAAAGACGAAUUACGACGAUUAGUGCAAAAGGUGAUUCCUGACUUUGACCCGAAACAGAGAGGAGUUGCGUGCGACGAGUGAAAUCGGUCAAUGAGAGUGAAAUGUGAAGAGGCACAUACUCUGUUACAGCGGUACCUAACGACACACGACACACGGGGACUGCCAUUAAUUUUGUAUGAUUUCAUGUAAAAGAACAUCCAUCACACAAUCCACGUUCAGUCCUUACAGAUGUAUCAUAAUUUAUUGCAUUAGUAGUACAAUGGCCAGUUUAUCACAGUUACAAUAAAUAUAGAAAUGUGCACAGUAAUGAAAUAAAUAUUAAUUAAGAAUCUUUAA